AUGAUUGUUUAUAUUGUAUUACUUAUAUUUGUACCAUUUAUUCAAUCACAACUUACGACGCAAGAAUUGGAAGAGGAAAAUGCUCAAGAAAUAGCUAACCGGACAUAUGUUGAGGAACAAAGUGAAUUACAACGUACCAUCCUAAGUAAAUACAACAGACGUGCACGACCUGUGCUGAAUAUAUCAGAACCGUUAGACGUCGCCGUUCACAUAUACUUUAUGCACGUAUCCGUUAAUCAGUUAGAACAGACGAUUACACUUCAUGGACAUAUUUAUAUGUGGAGUCGAAUUGAAAUUUAUCCAACAUUUUCCAUAAAAAUUGGCUGUAAGUUUGAUUAUUCCGAAUAUCCGUUCGAUAUACAAAUAUGCGCCCUCGGAAUUUACACAACGAAUCGGAUGAGUGAAGUUCAACUUUCUGUUUAUUACAAUAUGCAACCAACAGUACUGCUUGGUUGGGGAAGUCAAUCAAAUAAAAAACAUAUCAGUGAUUGGAUGAUCGAUUCGGUAACAAUGAAUGUUAGUUAUUUUAAUGGCGGUAAAUAUAAAGCGGAGAAGCCAACUGACCCUGAAGAAUUGGAUACUUCCUGGUCUAUCCUAUACGCAUGGUUGACCUUACACCGGAAUGCAUCUUUCUUCACCUUGACAUUAUUGGUACCAACAUUGGUAUCAUAUAUGUUUGUCAUCUGUUCAUUUCUCCUACCAGCGCCCGAUUCCGCCAUUUACAUUUUGCUUGCUAAUUUAUUCUUCCUCGGCGUAUUUCUCGAAGAUCUCAUAAUAAUGAUUCCACCAGCCAUUGGAAAAUUACCCAAAAUUGGUAAUGUUUUUUUUUUUUAA